CAUCACCAAGAUGGCCGACAUGAAGAAACAGAUCGAGUAUCUCCUUGAAAAAGGACUCGUCCGCUCAUCCACUUCACCAUACGGUGCCCCAGUACUCUUCACACCGAAACUGGACGGAAGCCUGCGAAUGUGCAUCGAUUAUCGAGCUCUCAACAAGCAGACCCGAUUCCACGAAUCGAUGACCUGCUUGACCAGCUUCAGGGAGCCACUGUAUUUUCCAAACUGGAUUUGCGGUCCGGAUACUGGCAGAUAAGAAUGACGGAUAACUCUAUCCA